AUGUCCACAACCGAGAAGAAAGACGGUAGUCCUCAAAGUGUUCCUAUCGAUUCCAAAGACGAAAAUGAAUCAAAUGUCGAAGAGAAGCCUUUAAAAGAAAAAGCUAAAGUGUAUAGGAAAGGUGUUAAGCACGGGAGAGUGCAUAAACGACACUUAAACUCCACGUUGCGUUCGUCAAAGUCAAAGAAAUUUGCAACCACAAAAGGUGAAAGACCAAAAACACUCGGCAAGAAUAGUGAGAGAAAUCAUUCCAAAGCUGUAGGUGAAAUGAACACUUUUUACAGCGGCGCAAUGGUAGGUUCUUUUCUUGGGGCAACGCUGAGUUCAGCAUUUACCAAAUUCAUAGUUAAAAGACUGCAAGAUCACUAG